GCAUGGGUGGAGUGGAGGUGGCAGUAGCACCACUGGCAGUGUUGUUGGUCAACACCCUACCCAGCCAAGGCAGGCAGGCAGCCAGCCAGGCAUUGAUGAUGAUUUACAAUUAUUAACAUAGUUUAUUAGCCAGUGUGCGGAGUCGGACGUUAACUGGGAUUUCAAUACUUCAUUCAAAAAUUGUUAUCCAAGAAUUAUGAAUAUUUCACGCUCUCAGCAAAUUAAUUAUGCAAAACAACGUCCGACUAGCAAGCCAAAGGUGGCAGUGGCAGCAGCACGUGUGUUUACGCUACAAAUUUCCAUAAUCGUGACGCUUUUAUUGCUAAUCACUCAAAGCAAAGAGGCCCAGACGCGUCGUCUGCAACCAUGCGAAUUUGCAGGUCAAUUGUAUAUCUUGGACGUACCCAAAGAAGAGCUGCCUCUUUGGCUAUGCAUUGUCCAGUACGAGAGUCGUUUCAACACCCAUGUCAUUGGGUCACGCAACACGGAUGGCUCGCUCGACUAUGGGAUAUUUCAGAUAAGCGAUAAAUACUGGUGUAAACCGCCCAAGGAGCCGCAGUUUCAUUACCACAAUGAAUGCAAUGUCGAUUGCAUGGAUCUGAUGCAGGAUGAUAUAACGGCAGCGGUGAAGUGUGCCAAAAUGAUCCGGAAACAGCAGGGUUGGUCCGCCUGGUCGGUGUAUGGAGAAUUUUGCAAUAGCACCAAUACCGUGUAUCAGGAUAUUGAAAUUGAGGAAUGUUUCGGUUAAGGAACUGGGAGAUUUUUUGAAAUGUUUUGUGAAACUAUGUGGCAUGUGUAUUAGAGUGUAAUGAAAAUGUCAAUUAAAUAAAAGCUAAAUUGAAAUAAAAAAGUGGGAAAAAAAUGAAGUGAAAAAUUUAUUUUUAA